UCAGCCGCCGCCGCCCCCCGGAGGAGCCCCCGGGGCACCAUGCAGGCGCUGCAGCUGCAGUACGAGUUCUUCAGCGAGGAGAACGCGCCCAAGUGGAGGGGGCUCCUGGUGACGGCCCUGAAAAAGGUCCAGAUGCAAGUCCAUCCUACACUUGCAUCAAAUGAGGAUGCUCUCCAGUAUGUUGAAGAGUUAAUUCUACAGCUGUUAAGUAUGCUGUGCCAAGCUCAACCCCGCAGCGUUUUAGAUGUUGAGGAUCGUGUACAAAAAAGUUUUCCUCAUCCAAUUGAUAAGUGGGCAAUAGCUGAUGCUCAAUCUGCUAAUGAAAAGAGGAAGCGAAGAAAUCCAUUAUCUCUCCCCGUAGAAAAAAUUCACCCUUUAUUAAAGGAAGUUUUAGGGUAUAAAAUUGACCACCAGGUUUCUGUUUACAUAGUAGCAGUAUUAGAAUACAUUUCUGCAGAUAUUUUAAAGCUGGUUGGAAAUUAUGUACGGAAUAUACGACAUUAUGAAAUUACAAAACAGGACAUUAAAGUAGCAAUGUGUGCUGAUAAGGUAUUGAUGGAUAUGUUCCAUCAAGAUGUAGAAGAUAUCAAUAUAUUAUCUUUAACUGAUGAAGAACCUUCCACUUCAGGGGAACAAACAUACUAUGACCUGGUAAAGGCAUUUAUGGCUGAAGUUCGACAAUAUAUAAGGGAACUUAAUCUCAUUAUUAAAGUUUUUAGAGAACCAUUUGUCUCCAAUUCAAAAUUAUUUUCUUCUCACGAUGUAGAAAAUAUAUUUAGUCGUAUAGCAGAUGUUCAUGAACUCAGUGUGAAAUUAUUGGGCCAUAUAGAAGACACUGUAGAAAUGACCGAUGAAGGCAGUCCCCAUCCAUUAGUUGGUAGCUGCUUUGAAGACUUAGCAGAGGAAUUGGCAUUUGAUCCAUAUGAGUCGUAUGCUCAAGACAUAUUGCGACCUGGUUUUCAUGACCACUUUCUUAGUCAGUUAUCCAAGCCUGGGGCAGCCCUCUAUUUGCAGUCAAUAGGUGAAGGUUUCAAAGAAGCUGUUCAGUAUGUUUUACCCAGGCUACUUCUAGCUCCUGUGUACCACUGUCUACAUUACUUUGAACUUUUAAAGCAGUUAGAAGAAAAGAGUGAAGACCAAGAAGACAAAGAAUGCUUGAAACAAGCAAUAACGGCUUUGCUUAACCUUCAGAGCAGUAUGGAAAGAAUAUGUUCCAAGAGUCUUGCAAAACGGAGACUGAGCGAAUCUGCAUGUAGAUUUUAUAGCCAACAGAUGAAGGGGAAACAACUAGCAAUAAAGAAAAUGAAUGAGAUUCAGAAGAACAUUGAUGGCUGGGAAGGAAAAGACAUUGGACAGUGUUGCAAUGAGUUUAUCAUGGAAGGAACUCUCACACGUGUAGGUGCCAAACAUGAGAGACACAUAUUUCUCUUUGAUGGCCUGAUGAUUUGUUGUAAAUCAAAUCAUGGUCAGCCAAGACUUCCUGGUGCUAGCAAUGCUGAGUAUCGUCUCAAAGAGAAGUUUUUUAUGCGCAAGGUACAAAUCAAUGAUAAAGAUGACACUAAUGAAUACAAACAUGCCUUUGAAAUCAUCUUAAAAGAUGAAAAUAGUGUUAUAUUUUCUGCUAAGUCAGCUGAGGAGAAAAACAACUGGAUGGCAGCACUGAUAUCGUUACAAUACCGCAGUACAUUGGAAAGGAUGCUGGACGUUACGAUGUUACAGGAGGAGAAGGAGGAGCAGAUGAGGCUUCCAAGUUCUGAUCUUUAUAGAUUUGCAGAACCAGACUCUGAAGAAAACAUAGUAUUUGAAGAAAACAUGCAACCCAAAUCUGGAAUUCCAAUCAUCAAAGCAGGAACCGUUAUCAAACUUAUAGAGCGACUCACCUAUCAUAUGUAUGCUGAUCCCAAUUUUGUUCGGACAUUUCUUACAACAUAUAGAUCUUUCUGCAAGCCUCAAGAGCUACUGAGUCUUCUAAUAGAGAGGUUUGAAAUUCCAGAGCCUGAGCCAACGGAAGCUGAUAGGAUAGCAAUGGAGAAUGGAGACCAACCCCUGAGUGUGGAACUGAAACGAUUUAGAAAAGAAUACGUCCAGCCUGUACAACUCCGAGUACUAAACGUAUGUCGGCAUUGGGUAGAACACCACUUCUAUGAUUUCGAAAGAGAUGCAGAUCUUUUACAACGACUGGAAGAAUUUAUUGGAACAGUAAGGGGCAAAGCAAUGAAGAAAUGGGUUGAAUCUAUCACUAAAAUCAUCCAGCGGAAAAAAAUGGCAAGGGACAAUGGACCAGGACAUAAUAUUACAUUUGAAAGUUCACCUCCUGCAGUUGAGUGGCAUAUAAGCAGACCUGGACACACAGAGACUUUUGACCUGCUCACCUUGCACCCAAUAGAAAUUGCUCGACAGCUCACUUUACUUGAAUCAGAUCUCUACCGAGCUGUACAGCCAUCAGAAUUAGUUGGAAGUGUGUGGACAAAAGAAGACAAAGAAAUUAAUUCUCCUAACCUUCUGAAAAUGAUCCGCCACACAACCAAUCUUACUUUGUGGUUUGAAAAGUGUAUUGUAGAAGCAGAAAACCUAGAAGAAAGAGUAGCUGUGGUGAGUCGAAUAAUUGAGAUUCUUCAAGUCUUUCAAGAACUGAACAACUUUAAUGGUGUACUUGAGGUUGUAAGUGCCAUGAACUCAUCACCUGUUUAUAGACUGGACCACACAUUUGAGCAAAUUCCAAGCCGCCAAAAGAAAAUUUUAGAGGAAGCUCAUGAACUGAGUGAAGAUCACUAUAAAAAAUAUUUGGCAAAACUCAGGUCUAUUAAUCCACCAUGUGUGCCUUUCUUUGGGAUUUAUUUGACAAAUAUCUUGAAAACAGAAGAAGGCAAUCCUGAGGUUUUGAAAAGACAUGGAAAAGAACUUAUAAACUUUAGCAAAAGGAGAAAAGUUGCAGAAAUAACAGGAGAGAUACAGCAGUACCAAAAUCAACCAUAUUGUUUGCGAGUAGAAUCUGAUAUCAAAAGAUUCUUUGAAAAUUUGAAUCCAAUGGGAAAUAGCAUGGAAAAAGAAUUCACAGAUUAUCUUUUCAACAAAUCACUGGAAAUUGAACCAAGAAAUCCCAAGCCUCUACCAAGAUUUCCAAAAAAGUACAGUUAUCCCCUCAAGUCUCCUGGUGUUCGUCCAUCAAACCCAAGACCAGGUACCAUGAGACACCCCACACCGCUGCAACAGGAGCCAAGGAAGAUUAGUUACAGUCGGAUCCCUGAAAGUGAAACAGAAAGUACAGCGUCUGCACCUAAUUCUCCAAGAACACCAUUAACACCUCCUCCUGCCUCUGGUGCUUCCAGUACCACCGAUGUGUGCAGUGUGUUUGAUUCUGAUCAUUCAAGUCCUUUUCACUCAAGCAGCGAUACCAUCUUUAUCCAAGUUACACUGCCCCAUGGCCCAAGAUCUGCUUCGGUAUCCUCGAUAAAUUUAACCAAGAGCACUGAUGAAAUGCCCAUCCCCCCACCCGUGCCCCCAAGAAGAAGACCAGAAUCUGCCCCAGCAGAAUCUUCUCCCUCUAAGAUUAUGUCCAGACAUUUGGAUAGUCCUCCAGCAAUCCCUCCUCGGCAACCCACAUCAAAAGUCUAUUCACCACGUUACUCUGAUCGGACCUCGAUGUCAGACCCUCCAGAAAGCCCUCCCCUUUUACCACCACGAGAACCCGUGAGGACACCUGAUGUUUUCUCCAGCUCACCACUACAUCUCCAGCCACCCCCUUUGGGCAAAAAAAGUGAACAUGGCAAUACUUUCUUCCCAAACAGCCCCUCCCCUUUUACACCACCACCUCCUCAAACACCUUCUCCUCAUGGCCCAAGGAGGCAUCUGCCAUCACCACCAUUAACACAACAAGAUGUGGACCUUCAUUCCAUCCCCGGGCCACCUGUUCCUCCACGACAAAGCGCUUCUCAACACAUCCCAAAACUUCCUCCAAAAACUUACAAAAGGGAGCACACACACCCAUCCAUGCAUAGAGAUGGACCACCUUUGUUGGAGAAUGCCCAUUCCUCCUGAGUUCUCUUGUGCUGGGAUAAACAUUUUCCUGGCUCAAAGUCCAUUGCUGGCAAUGGAUGCACUGAACCUGCCAGCACGGAGGAGUUUAAAUAUGUACUCCCAACACUAAAGACUCUACUUUAAAAUGCAGUAUCCAGUGAAUCGUCAGCCUGAUAUGUAGUAUAAAAAAUGGGAUAUUCCUGUUCGGAAUGCAGAAAACCUGAUGUGGAGUAAUUGGACAACUCAGUGCACCUAGAAAUGGGAUAAAGGGACUUUUCUAGCCAGUGGGCAGGAAUUGUGUUUGUGUAUUGGUCUUUAUCAACAAAGGGAUAGAAAGUGUAGUCUGGUGUCCAGGAAGCCCACAUGGGAACAGUUCUUGUUAACUCAAACAUUAUGCACUUUUUUUUUUUAAUCUUAAACAGGGAUCUUUUUAUCCUUCUUCAUUUCCCUUUGCUUUAUUCUCCCUAUUUUAGAAUACGUUCUUGAAAACCAGUAAGAGGACUGUGAGGAAGAUCUGUGGUACCUAACCUUGUUUAGAACCAAGGCAGAGCACUGUACUGCAGUCCUGUUUACAGAUUCUAAGGGAGAGUCAGUAACUAAGGUGGAUUUAUGCUUUCCACUCAUAUAUGUGUCCUUUAUGCAUUUGUUGAUGCAUAUCUGAACAUAUAGUACUCAUGGUUUUUAUGUAUAGUGCUGGCAGUAUUCUCACGGACCAUCUUCAGUAUAGCAGCAACACCACCACCACCCCAAUAUGCACUUACACCCGGGUCUGAUUGCACUGUGGUUGAAUAGCAAAAGUGUUGCUCACUUUUUACUGUCAACAGAAGUGAAACCAAGCAAAAUGUACUGUAGACCAUAUGGGCACAGUUUUGCCCUUUUUAAAAAGCAUAUAAUUAAUGGGAACUUUUUCAAACUGUGAGUUUAUGAUUGUAUCCCCAAGAGCAGAAAAGCAAAAAACCUGGUAAGGGAAACAGUCAAAUCUCCGCUGGCAGAUGAGUCUCAAGCCUACACAUGCUCUGAGGAGAUGCAGACCCGAGUACCAGGGCAGGUGCUUCCUACUGUGAACUUCAUGAUGCUAUGAAGUCAGCAGUUUGGGCUCAAAAGCCUGGUUCUUUAACAAGAAUUUUUCUGCAACAAGAUGAUAACUAACCCCCAUGUUACCAAAGCAACAAUAGAAUGAAGCUAGGAAUUGAAAUUGGAGUCAUAUCUGACAUACAGUCCUGAUUUUAUACCUUCUGAUUUUUACUUUUCACUUUGGGGGGGGCCACUUAAAAAGUGCAAUAAUUGAGGAGGACACACAUUCAAUGAUGCUAUAGACGGUCAGAAUGAAGUUCAUAAUUGGCUGUACUCCUUACCAAAACUUUUUCUGGUAGAAUAAAAAAAAAUGGCAGUCAUUUGAAUAAAAAGGAGGUAAUUUAUACUGCAAAAAGGGAUGUUUGUGUUUCUAGAAUAACCUGUUGUGAUGCUAUACUUAAAUCACCAUAUUUAUUGACUCUCCCUCAUACAGUGAUUAGCAUGGGUACCUGGGCUUCACCAAAGAGGUACUUUUUUUUCUCUUUUAAAGAAUAAUUAUAGUGCCAGUCUACAAAGGAUUUUUUUUGGUUGUUAUUUUAUUUUGGUUUUGGUUUUUGUUGUGUUAUUUUUGUUGGGCUUUUUGUUUGUUGUUUUAUUUUGCCAGAAAGCAUAAUAGGGUAUUAAUUGCCUUCUUUACACAAGGAACAAUGAAAGUCUUAUGUCAUUAAAUGACAGUGGAAAUGAAAAAAAUAAUGCUAUUGUCAAUUAAAUAUACUACUCACUUUUAGGAGACUGUUAAUCUAUGCUAGUUUGUCACCUUCCCCCCCCCCCACCCCCUUCAAGGUUUACUGAUAAUCCAUUUCAUGGCUCAUAGCUGUACUGCUUUUAAUGAAGCCAUGGAAAUGCAGGCACUCAAUGUGAAAAGGAACACUUGCUGGGCAUCGAUGACAAGUGUCAUGUUGGAUUAACAGCUGAGGAAUCGGCAUAUCGAGAUUACCUUGCAGUUGCUUCAAUCAUGUGUAUAUAGUGAAUGUUACAUAAAUAUACUUGGCAGGUUCAUUUUAAUUUAAUUGAAAUAAAGAUGCAGAUAUUUCAUUUGGCUGUCAUACAUUAAAUUAUUAUAUUGACAAAUACUUCUUAUUUCUCUCUGUUGAAAAGCAAAACACUAAAAGCAGCUAAAAGCACAUGUGGUACGCCUUUAUUUCUAAUGCAGGCUGUCUGUUUUUAAUAGUAAAAGAUCUGUCUAAAGAGAAGCUAGAGUUUGGCACCUGAAGAAAUGUUUGGUUGGAAUAAGAUGAUUGUAACUUUUAAGGGGAACUUUGUAAGUUUUAACAUUUUCCAGGCACCAUGUAUGCAGUUUGUUAAAGUUUGUCUUAAACAUUCUACCUUUCUUAAGGUGUUUUGAUAUAUCAAGACUAUAUAUGAGACAACAUCUACCCUCAUCAUUAGUUAUCAUACUAUGGCUUAUCCAUUAAACCUGUGGACUGCUUUUCUGAUUCUAACAAAUACUGUGACGGUAAUGCAUGCCAGAUAUUGAUUUUAAAAAAAGAAGCAGCUUUAUUAAUCUCCAAUACAACGUCUAUGAAAUGUGCAGUAUUUCAUCCUUAUUUAGUGAGUCAUGAAUUCAUUAGUAUCUGCAUGUUUCAUCUGUGGCUAAAUGAAGCAACAUUUCAGCAACACUGUUGACUAUGCCAGUGGGGACAUUUUUGACAGUGAUACAUCAUGGUGGAAAUAUACUCUUUUAAUAAUUUUUAUGGUGUUCAUUAGACCAGUACAGUAUGUAUACCAUGAUCAUACAAUUUUUUAAAUUCCAGAAAAUUAAUUCUGUCAUCAUUAAGCAACACAUCCUAUCAUAGGUAGAUCAUGUCCAAUUGUUAGAGUUGAAUCCCUUUUGUUUAAUGAGUGUAACAUUCCUAUUUGACUAAUUGUUUUUCUCUUUUUAAAAUGUAACUUAUUUUUUCUUUUAAAAAAAUCCCCUUAAAAAUUGAGUCGCAAGCUCAUCUUGGGUACAGACUGUCCAUUAGCCCACAGCAAAGUGAUUAUUGUGGCUUCAAGCAUUAUUCUAUUAAUAAGUGGGUAAUUGAUUGGUUUGGAUAUAGAUGGUACUUUCCCCCCCAAAAUCUGGUUUUUAUGAAACAAUCAGUAUUAUUUUUUUUAUAAUAUACAUAUUUUUUCCCUUUCAGAAAGAGCUCUCUUUCAUUGGGGGGAAAGAGGUUAGGGAACCUAUAUUCACACCAGUUCAGGUAAGGAGUACAUAUCCAGAAGCUCUCAUUAUUUUGAACCACACUUCUCUCUCUUGCUGUCAUCCUUCUUUCCUUCCUCUUUUCCCAAGUACCCCGUUCCCCAUUAGACAUUAAGAAGAGUCACUCUGGGGCCCAUCCACACCAGUGAUGAAUACAGUGGGUAUUCAUUUUGAACAAGGCAGUGUAAACCCUCACACCACCUUGCCUUUUGAAAAACGAAAGUAUUGAUCUGAGGUUAAGAGAUGUCAGAAGGGUAAUGCUCUAAUAGUGGUUUGGUGCAUUAUCAUUUCACAUGAAAAUUCAGAAUGGUGUGCAGCGUUCCAACUGGAUAUCCUUAGGUGAGGGUAAUGACACAAACAGCUAAUGGGAUUACCUUUAGUAACUUAUAAACAAUGAGUGAUCUAGAAAGAAGCAUCUCUGAACAGAGUAAUGCAGCACCACAGGCUGUACAUUGCAGAUCCAGAAUUACAAAUCCAUUAUAUGCUUUCUGGGAGAGCAUCAAUCUUCCAAACCUUAUUUUAAAAUAUGGAGCAUUCUUUUUUCCAGCAGAAAAAAAAAAGAAAAAAAGCCUGCCUGCAUAUGUUUCAUUGACCUUCAACAGGGAAACAGUGCAACCAAAUCUUUAAAUUUCAUUUUAUCUUUGAUAGGCUGACAUCCGUCCAGCAUAAUGAGAUUACAUUUGUUUUUAAAAACCAUUGUCUAUAUGCUUUUGAAUAUACAAAUAUAUGAAAAUCAUAGAUUUCUGAAUGCAUUGGCAAAUUCAAUAUUAAUUCCACAUUUUUUUUCUCAAGAACACACUCCCAGGAAAUAUAAAGGAACAAAGAUUUACAUAAUUUGGGGUUGUCAGACAAGAAAUUAUUGUGUUGGUAAAUUAUGGUGCAUCUAGUAACUUGGGUGUUUUACUGAUUCUCUUUUGGAAAGAAUAUGCCCUACCAGAAUGGUCCCAUGAACAAACACAACUCCAGUUGUGCUUGUUGUUGUUGUUGUUGUUGUUUUCAUAAAUGGAAAAUGAUGUUACGCCAUCAAAUACAAUUGGGAUGUAUGAUCACUGGCAUCUUGCUGCCCUUGGGAAGCUGAUCCUACUUUAACUAGGUAUUUCUCAUCAGUGCAAUUAUAAUUCAUCCCAGUGACUCUAUCAAAAGUAUUGGGUUUAUUCCAACUGUACUCAUUUGGGAAACUGUAUUCUUUCAUAAUCACAAAGGAACAAAAGUGAACAUUUGUUCUGAGGUAUUCUGCUGCUGUGAAUGGUUCACUUACACUUUUUAGCCUUCAUGUCUCUUCUCAUCUCUCCCCUUACAUUGGUUUCAGGAGAAAGGGAGAGUUAUGCUACAUCUUCUUUUUUUUUUUUUUAAAGAAAGAAGGUGGGGGAGGAGUGGUAUGUGUAAGUCGAUGUAUUUCUUGAUAUUUUUCGCUUUUUAAGUAUCACUUUUCGAACUGUUAGAAUCAUUUCAAAAUGCUUGAAACAUGGGCCAUGAAGAAGUCAUUUUAGGUCUUAAAAAAGAAUCAUGUGGCUCGUACAGAAGAAAAUGUAACACCCAAAAGCACUUGUACCUUGGUUUGUAAGUUUCAUGCCUUAUUUUCCAUUUUUGACACCUUAAAGUGCAUUUUCUGUCAACUGUGAGCAAAUUCCCCUUUUGCCUUUAAUGAAAAUAGUGCAUUAAGUAGCCAACUUCUGGGAAAUUGCAAAGGUGAACUCUUAAGGGCAGCCCCCGGCCUGUCCCUCAGUAAACCGGGACAAAUGGCGGACAGGACAUCACGGGCUUGUAUGACUGCGUGGAGGCAGAGCCUGUGCAAGAUGCAUGCCACUUUCCGUAGCUGCCAAAUGUGCCUUUUAUUCAGAACAUCUGGAAUUUUUUUUUCAAAGCAAGUCAGCAUUUGGGGGCAGGGAAUACCUGGGGUGCAAAUAUCUGGUAAGCCUACCGGAGAACAAGCCUUUUUCUUUCGUUCAAGGGACUUGUGCAAAUUUAAGUCAAGAAGCAUUUGUGUAGAUAUGUGUGUUUGCCCUUUUUUAAUGGCAUGGUUAUUAGCAACGCUAGUGAAAAGAAGACAAAAAAAAAAAAAAGCUGUCGGACCUAA